CUUAGAUCCAAAAAGAAACUAAAAAAAAAAAAGUUAAAUUUUUAUUCUUUCUUCUUCUUCUUCUUCCUUUGCAUCAAGAUAAAAAAAUUUACUUCUUUUAUUUAUAUAUAAAAUAUACCUUGUAUUAAUUAAAAUGAAUUCAGCUCAUAACACAAAGAAUUGGCAUCAUCAACAAACUUUACAUAAUUCAAGUAGUCCUGUAUCUCAGUCUUCUCAAAUACAACAUUAUCCACCUAUGAUGGAACAUCAUUAUAAUUCUAAUUUUCAUCAGGGUCCUUUACAUUCACCUGUACACCAACUUCCGCCUACAACACAUUUUUUACCUUCUGGAAAACCUGAAUCAGAUCCACGACUACCUGGAAUGAUGGCUAUUUCUCAGCCUGGAACACCUCGUCCGAAUAUGAAUCAACAAGAAAGACCUAUAUCACCACCACCACCACAACAAAAGAAAUUAAAUACAAGUACAAGUUUUACAUCCACUUCAUUCCCUUCAAACCCUUAUCCUCAUCAAUUACUUGGACGUAAACGUGGCAGAAGUGAAUUAUUUUCAAAUGAACUUGGUCCUUUUUUUAGUUCUACAAAACCUAUUGACAACUUGUAUGCACUAGAUAGAUCUACAUUACUAACAGUUCGAAUUCAAGCUAAAAUGGAUCGAGGUUUCUUUUUAGCUGAUAAUGAUUGGACAUGUUACCGUCGCAACUAUUUUCAAGUGAGUAGUGCAUUUUCUAUUCAUGGACUAAAUACAACUUAUUAUACUCCCGAACAUGACUAUCCGUGUCUUGUUCAAGUUGACAACUCAUUUUAUCCAGUUCGCCAAUUUUCUAUGUGUAUCUCGACCCGUAUUUCAAACAGCGAUAAAUCCAUUGAACUCGUUCAACAUACACCAAAGCGUGAUAAGGGUCCUCAAACAACUCCAUUACCUAAACCCGUUAUGCCUGGAGGUAACCUUAGUAUGACUGCUAUGGGGGGUACAACUUCACAAUCUAUUGUCACAUUUGAACGUAUUCAAUUCAAGACAGCCACAGCUAAUAAUGGUAAAAGAAGAGCCGCUCAACAAUAUUAUGUCUGUUUAGUUGAUCUCUUUGCAGAUAUUGUAACUAUAGAUGGUUCCUUUAAAUCUAUCAAGGUCGCCACUUGUCAAUCUGCUCCUCUUGUUGUACGUGGUCGAAGUCCUGGUCAUUACUCUGAUAAUCAACAGGAAAGAUACGAACACAGUAUCGCUUUAGCUGCUGUAGCAGCUGCUACUAAUUUAUCUUCACCUGAGGAAAGAUAUUUUCCAAGACCACCUAUGACUCCACCUGCUGCCAUGCCACCACAAGCUGCAGCUGCUGCCGCUGCCGCUGCUGCUUCUGCUGAUUAUUCUCCUUAUCCAUACCCUACAUAUCCUUAUGGCUUUCAUCAUGGAAUUAUUGGCCCUCCUCCUACACCUGGUGGUGGUAGUGCUCUAUCUUCUAAUUUUAUGGUACCUAGUAUGACAAACGCAGCUUCGUCUUCCUCUGAAACAUCAUCUCCUGAUAUUUAUCAUAGUAGUGAAUCUAAUCCUAAAUUAAGUUAUGCUUCUUUAGAUCAACAACAUGUAUGGCAACGUGGACGUAUGGGUCAACAACAACCAUUAUCAUCACCUAUGCCCUAUAAUCAACAUUCAGCGCCAUCUACACCUUAUGAAGAGCGGAAAUAUAACAUGUAAAAUAAAAUAAAAUAAAAUAAACAACAACAACAACAACUUAUAAAAUACUGAUUAUAAAGAAGAAAAUGUGUAUACAUUAUUA